AAAAAAAAAAAAAAAACACAAGUAUAAUUAACAAGCGCCUGCCUGCUCGAUUAUAGUCGAGUAGCAGCAGCAUCUUCAUCUCCCCUUUCUUCUCGCCCUCAUUAAUGGCUUCACUGCAAGGCUCCUUUCCUGCGGUUUCUGCAGUUCGUUUGAGUUUCUCAUCAUCAGCAUCAUCAUCAUCAUCCUCUUCUUAUUUUUCUCAAGGGAGAGUUUCUCUCCCGAGGCUGCCGGAGAUUGGCUGGAGGAUAUGCGGAGACCAGAAAAUCACAUGGAGGUCGGGGUGCGGAGCAAUGGUUCAGCAAGCCGUACAAGGAACUCCGGCGGCUUACGCCAAGGAGAUGGAGAGGCUCUCUGCUAAAGAAUCACUUCUUCUCGCUUUUAAGGAUUCCGGGGGAUUUGAGGCUUUGGUCACUGGAAAGACAACAGAUAUGCAGCGUAUUGAUGUCAAUGAGAGGAUAAUAGGUCUUGAGCGGCUUAAUUCAACGCCGAGACCAACCACGUCUCCCUAUCUGGAAGGCCGAUGGAGUUUUGAGUGGUUUGGACCUGGGAGCCCUGGAUUAUUUGCUGCUAGAUUUAUAUUUGAGAGGUUUCCCUUAGCAUUGGCAAAUUUGUCAAAAAUCGACAUGGUGAUUAGGGAUGGGUAUGCAAAUGUUUGUGCAGACAUCAAAUUACUGUCCUCGAUUGAAAACAAAUUUACCCUAGCCACCAAGUUAUCCAUUGAGGGGCCACUAAGAAUGAAAGAAGAGUACAUUGAAGCAGUUCUUGAAUCGCCAAAAGUUAUUGAAGAAACAGUACCAGAACAGUUGAGAGGUGCAUAUGGUCAGGCAGUUACAGCACUGCAGCAGCUUCCAGUUGCUAUUAGGGAUGUGAUGGCCAGUGGACUAAGGGUUCCCCUCGGUGGGAGUUUCCAGAGAUUGUUCAUGAUUUCUUAUCUCGAUGAUGAGAUACUUAUAAUUAGAGAUACUGCUGGAAUGCCCGAAGUUCUAACAAGGUUGGAUACACCAUUAUCUCCCGCUGCGGGGACUUUGACAGAGUAUGAAAGCUAGAGAUUCUUUUACAUGUGGGAAGGCUUAUUCUGCCCUCAAACUCUCCUGAAAUUUAAAACAAAAUGAAAGAAUUAAUGGUUUCAUUUCAUUUAUCUAUCCAUCUAUUGUUCUCAUACAUGUUGAGAUGCAUUCUUUUUAUUUUUACUUCAUUUAGUUGAUAGUUUUACUGGCGUAAAUGAGUUAACCAAAGAAAAGCAUGGAAUUUGGUGCUUGUUGGUAAAACACAGACGAAGGAUACUCUAUUGCUGGUAGGCCGUAUUAUCAUUGAAGUAACACCUACUUUUUGAA